CUUUGGUUUCGUUCCAAGUCAACGGUCAGCAGUCACAGUUAGCCUCUGAGCUCAGCCUGUGCCCUUCACCUCCUCCGCAUCCCCGCGGGCACCUCAGCCUUCAUGGGCCUUUACCUGAGCAGGAACCUGAGGGGGAACCUGGGCGAACCCAAGGCCCAGCAGGGCGGGCAUCAGAGGCCCACGCCCGAGCUUCCUGAUCUACACCCAGUGCAGGCAGGCUGGGAUGACGCCGGGGCCCAGAGGGCCUUGGCUGCCCUGGCCAGGAGCCCCGCUCCCGGCAGGCUGCCCUCCGGGCUGCUCCUCAGACCCGAGCUUUCCUAUGCUGGCCUCAAUGACAAGAAGCGCAGGCUGUGGGCAGCCAGGGACCCAGGGCUGCAGAACCUCGUGCGAGUGCAGGUGAAGGCCCCUGUGGGCCCAGGGACCUUGUACCAGUGCCCUCCCUCUGAGGAGCGCCCAGACCCCUGCUCCAAGGAGACGGUCCUGCAAGCCCUCGCCCAGUGCACGAAAGGAAAGAGGAAGUUCGACGGGCCGCUCUGGUUCGAGGUUCCCGAGCCCAAGACAAGGAGGCCGGACCCAGAGUCCAGGCCAUCUGCCUUCUGGCCGAUGACCACAAAUGAAGUGACCCGGUCCUUCGUGCCCAGGCCCGGGCCCUUGAGCAGAACCUGUGCUGAGGGGAAUCCUGCUCUAGGAGGAGGAAUAUGAACAUGGACCAGCCCGACAGUCUUUCCUAGCUGUCCAUGAGCCUGUCCGACCUGCGCAGGAGCCAUGACAGCCCAGGGCAUGUAGGUGACCAAAGAUGAGUUGCCAGCACGGGAAACUCGUUUCCAGCAUAUAAGAAGGGCAACAACUCAGAAAUACCUGCAGCCCUUUACCAUUCUCAAGUGCACUUGGACUGCAUACAUAAAUGCAUGUGAAUGUGUAGUGAAUAAAAGUGGAGGACCGUGUCUGGUGCAGAGCAAGGUCUAGAAACACGUACUCGGGGACAGGCAUGGCUCACAUUUCUUCUGCAAGGCUGGCUCUUCCAAGUGGACUUUAUGGGUUUUGUGACUCUCACUCUGUCUACUUGCAAGCUACUUUUAAUUGCUGGAUCCCUAAGGAUGGAUGAGAUAUUCUUCCAUUCCAUCUCCAUGAGAAAACGUGGCUGAAGGCCAUUCACAUUCCACUUUUGAUUACUUUUUUAACUUCUGUAAAUCCAAGGAAAUUAAUUUUGAAUCAUGAACAAAAACUCAAGGGGUGGAUAAGGAAACAAAUCAGGCCAUAAGCAGUAAAUGCCAACACCAGCCUCACUUGCCAACUCCUAACUAUAAGACAGAAGGCAAAUCAGAAGGAGGAAGAUGGAAUUUUCCUGCAGGAAAAGACAAACAGAAUUACCAAGAUCUGCAUAAAAGCCAGAGAAUGACUGAAAUUUAUAUUCAUAUGGAAAGAUUUAGUUAAAUAAGUA